UUCAAUUUAACAUUUUCUUAAUGAAAAAUGAUUGAUUGAUAAAUUAAUAAAAAUGCCCUAAUUCUCACGAAUCAUAUCAUAAUACGAUUUGCAUAGAAGCUGAUUCAUUUAUUAAUCCAGGGUAGUCUUAUUAUUAUUCCUCUCUGGAUCCCUAUUUCUUUAUAGAAUAUUACUAGAGUAGUUUGAUUGAUUAGGAUCAAAUCUGGUUGAUUGGGAUCGGGAUUAUGGCAUCGUCGGCGUCAGGGAAGGUGGUGGAGAAGGGGCACCAGCUCUACAGGGACGGCAAGUACAAGGAGGCGCUUCUCUUCUAUACUGAGGCUCUCUCUGCCGCUAAGUCCAAGUCCCAGAAGAUCGCUCUUCACAGCAACCGCGCCGCCUGUUAUUUGAAAUUGCACGAUUUCAAACAGGCAGCAGAAGAGUGCACGUGGGUGCUUGAGCUUGAUCAGAAACACAGCGGCGCGUUGAUGCUCAGGGCCCAGACAUUAGUCACACUUAAAGAUUACCAUUCUGCUCUUUUUGAUGUCACCAGGCUCUUGGACUUGAACCCUGAUUCUGAGGUCUACCAAAACCUUGAGGCUCGCUUGAGGACGCAGUUGUCCCUUGCUCCAAUUCCUGAAGAGGAUGAUGAUGAACAAGAAGACACAGAUGAAAAGUCAAGUAGGAACGGUGAGUGUAUAGAUAAGAGGUUUGAGUCAUUAGUUUCCAUCACAAGAGAUGUAAGAACGAAGGGGGAAGAAGUUGUUGCACCUAAAACACCUGAGGUUAGAGAAGACAAGAGCAAGGAAGAUGGGUCAUUGUCCAAUGCUUGGCAAGCCAUCCCUAAGCCCAAGGGUCAUUCCACACUCGAUUAUGCCCGUUGGGAUUCAGUUGAAAACGACGACUCCAGUGAAGGAGAUGACACCGAUGAAGACAGUGACGAGGAGGAUCAGCCUCAGUACAGAUUCCGUGUUAGAACCGUCGGUGUGCGUCCUGUGAAGUGAUAAAAAAUAUGUGUAGAGUUCAUAGGGGACAUGGAUGGUUUCUUUCAUUACCCUGAUAUUGUUGUUGCACACAAGAGCUGUGAAAAGAGAAAAGCCAGCCGACUGUUCAUCUCCUCUGAGGCUGUGAGUAGUGAUGUGAUGUUAUACAUAUUCGUUAAGAAAGCACAUGUAUAAGUCUUUAUGUGAUGUCACAAUAUACAAGAGGACCAUUAUCAAAUGAAAUGGUGCCAUUCUUCUCUUGGUCAAUGCUGUUUCACUAUACACACCAUAUAAACUUUCUGUACAAGUGAUGUCUUUGUUUUGUUUUUUUCACUAGUUUAAUUUAAAACCGUU